UUGAGCACAGAAUUGGUUGAUUUUGCAAAUUCACAACAAAACAUGACAACUCUGUCGAGGUUUAGUGGUUGCCUUCUUUCUUGCGUCAACCCCGGGGAGAGCAAUACUGAACCCAGCGUGGUGCUGCCACCUUUGGCAGGGGAGCACAUAGGGCACCCCACUGGCAGUUCCUUAAAGCUCUGCCCCUCGCACAAUUUGCGAGACUAUCCCGAGACGAGGUACAGUGCAUAUGUUGACCAUUCGGUUCCCCAUUUUGCAGACUCUGGAUACCCCAGCCACCGGUUAGAGCACAGCCCUAGGGGCAUCAUCAUUGGAGCCAAUCGUUCUGGAGCCGGCAUGCCACCCGUCACUGAUCAACUGGCAUCAAGAAGUAACCAACAUGGCGGGAUUGGAAGGUACCGUGACCUGCCUAGCUAUAGAGAUAGCAGAAGCCACGCUUUUUUCACCGCUUAUCACGAGCAGGCCCAUGGCUCCUCCGACGCGACUCGAGACCUCUCUGGUCAAGUGAUGUUGGGUCUACCUGGGGACCUCCUCACCCGGACGCACCCUUACGGCCAGAGCAUCAGCGGCCCCAGGGGAAACAGCCAACAACUUGUCUCUCAGUUCCUGGGUCUCUACAAACCGCUGAACAUGGCAAUUCAACGUGGAGUGGGUGACGCUUUCCUGAGGUGCUCCAAACAGAACCUGAAGCAUGAGCUUGUGUGUAAGUGGAGUGACAGCCAAGAGGGGACUGGGAAGCAGCCCUGCGCCAGAACUUUCGGGACUAUGUAUGAACUUGUCACCCAUGUGACAGUGGAACAUGUCGGAGGACCAGAGCACUCUCAAUACGUGUGUCACUGGGAGAACUGUCCGAGGGACAGAAAGCCUUUCAAAGCGAAAUACAAGUUGGUGAAUCACGUCAGAGUCCACACAGGGGAAAAGCCCUUUCCCUGCCCUUUCCACGGCUGUGAAAAAGUUUUUGCAAGAUCAGAGAACCUCAAGAUUCACAAGAGGACACACACAGGUGAAAAACCUUUUAAGUGUGAGUUCGAGGGCUGCAAUCGGAGGUUUGCUAACAGCAGCGACAGAAAGAAGCAUUCUCACGUGCACUCCAGUGAUAAACCCUACAUGUGCAAGGUCAGAGGGUGUGAGAAGUGUUACACCCACCCAAGUUCCCUCCGGAAGCACAUGAAGCUCCACUGCAAGGACUACAGCGAGAAACGCAGCGAUGGGCGCGAAGGGGACGGGGAGCACCUUGCAGAGGCCAGGUCACCCGAAGUAACGGAUCAAGGCGAAACGGCCUCGUCCACCAUCGUGACGCGCGCUCAACCCCUCACCUCCUCCCAACAGUCUCUAUCCCCCGAGAUUCAAAACGAGUCAAGUCUGAGGACACGUUUCCAUCACACAUUCGACAACAGUUUGGACUACUCCUCACAUAGGUCAGAUGGCCUCUUGGAUCCAUUGUUGAUCCAGAGGAGCGGUUAUAGACCUGAGCCCACCCAAUACCCAUGCAACCAAGCAGGCCACAGUUUCGCCCAGAGCUCCAGGACAUUUAACACUGCCUCACCCUUUCAGAAAAGUAUUGUCAAUGGGUGGUAUACGUGCCACAGUGGCGUGGACUCUUUCUCACCAAAGCAGUGUAAUAACGACAUAUCAUCCAUUUGAGUCAGUCAUGUCGCCUGAGUGACGUUGGCCUACAAAACGUGGGCCUAUUUUUGUUAUGACAUCUGCUAUUCUUGGAUUAUAUAUUAUUGAUUGUAUUUUGUUGAUGUUGUAGGCUAUAAAGACAUGUGCCAUGUUGAAGUCAUUAUGUGUCGUAGUUUUGAAAACGUGCUAAUAUAUAUAUAUAUACAGCGUUGCAGAAUGCGUGACGGCAAGCUUUAACUGUUCCGUGACGCACAAACUCUACGUGCGUCUAUGUGUGGUGGGCCUUGAGUUGUGUCACGUGUAAGAAACGUGCCUGUUUUAACACAUGUGUAGGCUACAGUGACGUGUGUCCCCCUCCUUUUGGAGAAUUAGAAUAGGACAUCAUAAAUACAAAUGCUGCCUAUCAUUUGAAUGAUGCUUGCUAUAGGAUGAAGAAACUAAAUGGAUUUAACGGGAUUGUCUAUGUGUAAAUGGCCUAUAUGUGAAUAUAGUAGCAAAAGUGUUAUAAAAGGAACUAUACAUGUAUUAUUGCUUGGAAGGCUGAACCAGCAUAUGUAAAGGACAGGGUAUUCAUGGAAUGUUACUGUAUUGUAUUGUGGGAAUGCAUAGAAAAGUGCAUUACCCAUGUCGUGUUCAAUGUAAGGCAGAACUUGGAAAUAAAAUCUGAAAUAAAACCUAUUAUUUCUCGUCAAGUUCAAUGUUGAGGCCAAAUAACAAGUGGACCAAUUUAUGCGUUCCUAUGAUUUGUAAUUCAAAUGUAAUGUAAUUCAAACACAUAUUGACUAUAAGAUCUACUACACUCAUUUGUUAAAUAUAAUGUUAAACAUCAGAUGAAAGGACGGUGUAUUAGGCCAAUACAGCUUUCAGCUGUUUUGCUUUCUUCCAAGAAGGAUGAGUGGAGAAGCCUACAGUAUGAUCCCCUCUCCCCCUGCACCCCUUCCUCCUCAGAAUACACUUGCAUUCUUUGUUUCUGUGUGGAUAUUUUAUGCAUUUUUGUGUAAAAUACGUUUUUUUUCGGGAUCAGUUGAGAACACAAUCCACGGCCUCCUUGAUAAGAAUUAAAAUGUUUAAUUAAAAUUAUACUGUACAUACUGUAACAUUAAUUAUGCAUUCAAUAUUUCAUUAAAGUGUCUCAAUUCCCUUUGAUCAGGCCGUGUGUGAUUAAACCCAAUGCAUUCUCAAAGAAAAUGUUCUCGUGCCACAGUGACGCAGACUCAACGCCCUUUGUUUAUUUGUGCUAGAUAUUCGUGCAUUCACUUUCAGGUUUCUUGGAAUUGAAUUGUCGUUUUAUGAAAUUCAUUGCGUUAUGUACAGGCCUACGCUGAAUUCUGAGAAUCUUGGUUUGACUAAAAUAGCCAACCAUGAGCUGCACAAUGUGUUAUACACAUGCCCAUACUGUAAAUUAAUUUGUAAAAUCUUAUUAGGAGUGCACACUUAUGAAGACAUGAAUCAAAAUUCAAACCAAAUGCUUGAGCUCUUGACAGUUGACAGGCUUUAUUUGAUAAGCAGCAACUGACGUCAAAUACGUGCGUAUUUGCUACAGUCAUAGCUUUGCCUCUAGUAAAGUUUGUCUGGCCCCUUUUGCAAGUCCAUUUAUCACACUAUAGUUUUCUUAAAAUGUCCAUCAAGCUCUCCAUCUCUCCAUGCGCACCAUGCAAAAGCACAACACACAUUUUCAAGGUUGUAGGCCUAUAGGUGAAUGUUAUCCAUUCUUUGUGAUUAACAACAUUUUACUAUUAAUUCCUCAUUUUUUCUAAUAAUUUGACCUCAAAAUAAAAAUGGCAUCCGUUUUUUCGACACUCUUAAGAUAUAGUUUGAUGUCUUUACAGUCUGGAUAUUUCUCUGGGGUUGGGUCUGGUAAACAUCUUAUAUUGGCAAUCUGUGUCAAACUUUGAAAUGUGAGAUUAUUAGAACAGUUUGCUCAUGUUUUGAAAUAUAAUCUAUAUUUAUUUGAUUUGUGUAGCAAAACUAAUGGCCCCGCCCGGACUCUGUUUAUUAAGAAGACCUUUGGAACCAUAGGUGAAAUUCAAUCAAAAGUGUACUGCAGAAGAAUAGCAUUAUUCCUGUACAGGGAAAAUACAUGGUGUUGACAACAAUUACUGUUUACUAUAUGCAGUUGACUUGUAAAGCAAAGUUUAAUGUACUUUAUCUUUUUGCCCUAUGGUUUUGAUCCCUGUAUGCAAUUGAUACCCAGUUGUAAGUGCACAGAUCUGCACCAUUGUUUCUCUGUGGGAGUUUGCUAUGCAGUUUUGGCUGAAUUCCAGUUUUGGAGGUAGCCAUUCAGAUGUUUAAUCUGACUCAUAUCGUAGUGUACUUGCAUUGGUUUUAAAUCAGUUUGUGAACAAUUCAUUCAUUGAUGUUUAGAGUGAGCCAGCCCUAGAUAUCCCUGAUAUAGAUUGUUCUAUUAUUUGUUUCAAGUGUUGUUAUAAUAUACCAAUUUGUUAUCUUUUUGUAUAACCAUGUGCGUGUGUGGCUAUGGCUGCAUUUAGACAGGCAGCCCAAUUCUGAUCUUUCACCCAAUUAUUAGCAAAAGAGCUGAUCUGAUUGGUCCAAAUACCAAUUAGUAGAAAAAUAUUAGAUUUGGCUGCCUGUCUAACCAGCGUAUGUUAUUCCAGUAUUAAUAAGUCAUCCAUUCAUCUGAUAAUGUUACAGUAACACAAACAGAUCCUAGUACAGACAUGACAUUAACACAGACAUAUCCUGUAAGAUAUGUCAGUAACACAGACAGAACUAAAUACAGAUAUUACAGUAACACAAACAUAUCCUGUCAGAUAUCACAGUAACACAGACAUAUCCUAGUACAGAUAUUACAGUUACACAUAAAUAUAUUACAGUAACACAGACAUAUCCUAGUACAGAUAUUACAGUAACACAGACACAUCCUACUAGUACAGCACAACGUCCUACUGCCGUCCAUCUCAUACAUCGCCUGUCUGUCUGCUGUGUCUGAACACAGUGCCACUAAUGAUCCGUAGUAUAUUACUGUUAAAACUACCCAUUUCAUCCCGAGAUAGUUAUUACUAUAAUAUAACUCAUUCAUAGUUUACAUACCCAAUUCCCACUGUCAAAGAUGGAGCCUCCGGCGCAAAUCAUUUCAGUCUACUUAAAAGGGAGAGGUUCUGGAAAAGCAGUGACCACCGAAUUCAGCACAGCUAACUAGGCCGCAUAUUUGUGGCAGGCUGAAAACGAUGCACGCAAUAAAUGUCCAUGUCCACUUGUCUGACUGGAGGAAAGGGUUCAGUGUACAGUAGCCAUACCACCUGAUGGUGAUCACACUCACAAUGAUGACCUCAUUGCUGCUUCAUUCACAACAUAAUCUAAUCAUACUACCUAACGAUCUAGCUAUUGCGCGGAUGGAUGUCUUUUACUGUUAUGUGCAGUGAAAGACACGUGCAGGCAGUUUAUAAUUAAAGGAGACCAUUUUGGUGUACCACACUAUGCGCUUUUCUUAUAUUCAAAAGAUAAGAAAGUCUGCCAUUCCAUACUUUUUCGUCACGCACUGUUCAGUUUCUUGGAAUACUCUCUUCUAUGUAUAAGGGGGCAGCAACGUUUUAGAUUAGUCGUCAACACGGAUAUGUUCGAGUGUGGCUAGUCGGGACAGUGUCUGACGAUUUUGGGAAGAUAGAACUAUGCUACAUGAUUGUUUUCUGAAUCAUUUUCGGUCUCCCAUGCAUACUAUUCUCUACCUCUGAUGUGCAAAUCUGGACUACAAUAUGAUUGUGUUACUCUGAAAGUUUGAUAGACCAGAAGUGUUUUCAUUAUUGUCACAGCGGAUAUCUUCAUCGAUUUCUCUAAAAGUAAUGUUUCUCUGAUGAAAGUGAACUAAUAUGGUGGCACAUACUUUUUUCCCAAAUAAAACUAAAACAAGUU